AUGGAACAAAUUGGUAUCGCAAAUAAUAUUUUUACUGAAAUAGGAAAGAAUAUAGUUAAGAGAAGUGGUCCUUUUGAAAUAUGGAGAAAAAAGUUUAUAGAAGAAGUAUCUAAAAAAAUAAGUAAUUCAUUAAACAUUGAAAAUAUAAAAGAAUGCAAAAAAAAUUGUAGAAAGAUUAAUUACUGGAUGGACGAUAAAGAAGAAGAGUUUGUAUCAAAAAAAUUUUUUGUGUAUGAAUAUAUUACUUCUAAUGUUUGGAAAAACGAAUUUGAAAAGGCGAUUAUAAAUACAUUAAAAAAUAAAACUAAAACUUGUUUAAGAAGUCGUAAAAAAUAUCCUAAAGAAAUUAGAAAUAUAAUGGGUGAAUUAGAAGAUUAUAUAGAUGCUAUUAAUGAUUACAAGAAACAAUUUAAAAAUUUAUAUUGUUGGUCAGAACGAUAUAUAGAUUAUAAAAAAUGGUUAAAUGAAAUGAAGGAAUAUUUUAUAAAACAUAAAGAAUGGAAAUUACUUAAUAAUAAUAAGUAUAGAAUGUAUAUAAUUAAAUAUUUAAAACGUUCAUUAGGUGAUAUGUUUCCAAGCAAAAUUGAAUGUAUAAAAGAAAUUCCAGAUAUUAAUGAAGAGGUUGUAAAAUUGAGUUCAGAACAUAAUACACAUAUGGAUUUGAGAUCCUCUUAUGUAGGGGAAUUUACAGAUGAAAAGCCACCAAAAUAUUAUAUACCACAAGACAAUGAAAGUAGCGAAUACCCUGUAGAAAUUGUUAGUAAACCUCUGGAAUGGUUAUUGUUUCAUGAUUUGACUAAGCCUGAUGUUACUGCACUACCUGAAGAAUUACCAUUAACGAGCUAUAAAGUAACACCUACUUCUAUUAAUGUAUUGCAUAAAGAGGGCCCCACUUUAAAAUCUAUUUUUCCCACCAAAGAUUUUCCUUAUAUUAUAGCUUGGAUUUUAGGUGCAAUAAUUGCAGGAACAUUAUUUGUAUAUGGAACAACUCGAAAGAAAAAAAAGGGCAUUACCUUAAAGACCAGCGAAUUCGUAAAAGAGAAGAUAAAGAGCGUAAAUGAUAGGAAAGAAAAGAAAAUACCUGUAAGUAUAAAGAAUGAACAUGUGAAGAAAAAUUAUUUUUGGAAAUGGAUAACUAUAAUCGAGAUACAUUUAUUAAUAAUAGAAGAUAUUAGAAAAGAAGAAUGGAAAAUGACCAAGGAAGAGUUUUUAUUUAUAUGUAUAAACGAAUUUGUGAAUGAAAAAGAUAAGAAGUGUUUAUAUAACGAAGAGGACGAUUUCGAUAGUACAAAAGUUAUGAUAAAGGGACAAAGUUUUUUAUGGAAUAGAUGGAUGGAAAGACAAACAUAUAUGCUAGAUAAAUAUAAAGAAGAAGAACCAUUUGAAUAUUUAAAAAAUGAUUGGAAGAGAGAAGAAGAUGGAUAUAUGAAAAAAAUAUACAAAGAGUUGUUGAUUAGUUUGAGGGGUGAUACUUAUUACAUGUCCCAAAAACAGAAAAUUAUUUGGAGAAGGUGGGUAGCGAAACAUCCAUAUAGAAUACGAGAAAAAAGGAUUGAUGAAUGGUUUGAUAAAUUAUUUGAAGAAAUAAAUAAAAAUGGAAUAAUAAGUGAUGAUGUGAUAGAUAUAUUAUUAAAUGAUUAUAAAGAAAAUGUUGAAAAUGAUGAAUAUAUUUAUGAUAUGAUUGAAAAAAGAAAAAAAUUAAAAUUAAUUUUGUGGAUAAAAAUCUAUAUGUAUGUUUGGGAAGAAGUAGAAAAGGAUAAAUGGAAAAGCGAAAAAGAAAUGUUUAUUGAUACAUAUAUAAAUAAAUUAAAAGAUAAAAAAGAAUAUGAUGAAGUAGAAUAUGAUGAAAAAAAAAACAAAGAAUUGAUCAAGCUAUUGAAUGAUAUGAAAAAAAUGGAAAUAUUAAAUACUGAUGAUGAAAAAAGAAAAGAAUGGAAAGAGCAAGAUUGGUUUAAACAAAUGAGAAAAGAAUGGAUAAGAGAAGAAAGUAGAUAUUUAAAUGAAAUUAAUGAGGAAAUUCUAGGAAAUUAUAAUAUGGAAUUACAAAAGUAUAUGUUUGAAAAACAUUAUGAAGAUAUAAAAUUAAAAUGGAUAGAUGAUAUUGAUGGUGAUAAUAAUAAUGAUAAUGGGUGGUUUCCAAUAAUAAAAUACUUUGAAGGAGAUAAUAAAGAGGGAAAAAAUUAUAUUACAAAGGAAUAUUCUGAAAAGGAACAUUAUGUAACAAAUACAUUAUAUGACAUAGAAAAUAUUAAAAAUGAUACUCUUGAAGGUGAUAAGAUGAAAGAAAAAUUUAACGUAAAAACUAUUAUAGAAAUACAUAUGGUAAUAAUUGAAGAUUUUCAAAAAGAUGAAUGGAAAAAGGAUAAAGGAGAUUUUUUACAAAUAUGUUUUGAAGAAUUUAUAAAAAGAAAAGAAUUUAAUGAAGAAGGAGAAAAUAAAAUAAUUAUAGAUAAUAAAGAAAAAAAAAGUAUUUUAAAUAUUUCUGAUGAUAAUGUAAUAAAUAUUCUUCAAAAUUCAUGGAGUGAAUGGUUUAAGAGACAUACAUAUAUAUUAGAUAAAUGGAAAGAAGAAGAAUGGUUUAAAGAUUUAAAAAAUGAUUGGAAGAGAGAAGAAUAUGAAUAUAUAAAAAAAAUAUAUAAAGAUUUGUUGCUUAGUUUGAGGGGUGAUACUUAUUACAUGUCACAAAAACAGAAAAUUAUUUGGAGACAAUGGAUUUCUAAACAUUUAUAUUAUAUAAAUGAAGAUAUGGUAACGAAAUGGUUUAAAGAUAUAUUGGAACAAUUAGAUAGAGGGAAUAUAAUAGACUUGUUAUAUAUAGAAAAUGAAAUAAACAAAUUAAAUGAAGAAAAUGGAAAGAAUUUUUUAGGUGAAGAACAACUUAUUUAUGAUAAAAAAAAAAUAUUAACAACUAUUUUGUGGAUCCAAAUACACAUGAUGGUGUUAGAAGAAUCCAAAAAAGAUGAAUGUACAAAAAGUAAAGAAAUGUUUUUAGAUACGUGUAUAGAUGAACUAAAAAAAGAUGAAAAAGAAAACAAAAAAACACACGAUGAUGAUGAAAAAACAAAAGAAAUUAUAAAAAUUGUAGAGGAUAUGAAAAAAAUGAAUAAUCUAGAAAUAGAUGAACAUCGAUCUACAAAAUGGAAAAAACAAAAGUGGUUUAAAGAAAUGAAGAAAGAUUGGAUAUAUGUAAAAGAUAGAUAUUUAUUAAAUUUAGAAGAAAACCAUAAAUAUGAUGUGCACAAAUGUGAAGAAUUAAUAGAUGGAUCUUCUUUGGAUCUUCAAAAAAAUAUAUCAAAAUGGAAUUGGGAAAAUAUUCAAUUUAAAUGGAUAGAUUAUGAAAAUGAAAAGGAUUGGUUGAAAGGUGAUCAUAUGGGUGAACAUAUAUAUGAACAUAUAGAAAAAGAUGUGAAUGAAUAUGUGUAUGAAGAUAUAGACGAAGAUACGAAUGAAUAUAUGUAUGAAGAUAUAGACGAAGAUACGAAUGAAUAUGUGUAUGAAGAUAUAGACGAAGAUACGAAUGAAUAUGUGUAUGAAGAUAUAGACGAAGAUACGAAUGAAUAUAUGUAUGAAGAUAUAGACGAAGAUACGAAUGAAUAUAUGUAUGAGGAUAUAGAAGAAGGUGCGAAUGAAUAUAUAUAUGAAUAUAUAAGGGAUAAUAUCGAAAAAGAUACAGGCACUAAUGUUGAUGAAGAGCAUAUUAAAAAAUACGAGGAGUGUCAUGAUUUUGUUAAAAUAAAGGACCCAUUCAUUUGGAAAAACAUUAUAGAGAUACAAUUAAAAAUAAUGGAAGAAAGUAAAAGAGAAACGUGGGAGAAAAAUAAAUAUGACUUUUUAGAAAUAUGCAUACAGGAAUAUAUAAAAAAUGAGCAUAAAGAUAAUAAUAGUAGGAACCUUUUAGAGGAUGAGAUUUUUAGUAUGGACAAAAAUAUGAUAUGGGAUACAUUUAUAGAGGCACACAGAUAUAUAUUAGAAAAGUGGAAAAGAGAAGAAUGGUUUCAUAAUUUAAAAAAUGAAUGGAACGUCGAAGUAUUGAAUUAUUUGAAUUCAUCAGAAAAUAAAAAUGAUGAAAAAAGGAUUUGUAUGAUUGAAAAGGAAAAAAAUAUUUUCAGAAAAUGGAUUAACAAACAUACAGAAGAAUUAAACGAUUACUAUGAAGAUGAGAAGAAUCCAUUUUUAGAAGAAGAUAUGAAAAAAAAAAAAAAAAAUUAUAAGUUAAUUGCAUGGAUACAAAUACAUAUGAUGAUAUUAGAAAGAUUAAAAGAAGAUGAAUGUAUAUCAAACAAACAUUUAUUUAUUGAUGCGUAUAUUGAAGAAUUUAAAAGAGACAAACAUAAAAAUAAAUAUAAUAAAAAGAUAAUUGAUAUGUUAGAGAAUAUGAAAAAGAAUAUCUAUCAUACAAAUUUAAAUAAUGAUGAGAUCAAUGAAUGGAAAAAUGAAACAUGGUUUAAUCAAUGGAAAGAUGAUUGGAUAAAAGAAGAAAAUGAAAAUGAAAAAAUAUUUUGGCUAGCACAAAUGAGAAAAGAGAGGUGUGCAGAAAAAAAAUAUGAGAAAAAAGAUAAACAAAAAGAAAAAAACAUGAAUGAAUAUAAUAAUAUUGGCCAAAGCUAUAUGCAUAUAAUACACAAAAACUUAUUGAAAAAAUAUUUGAAAUAUAUAAAUUUUAAAUAG